AUUAUAAAACCGCUACCUUGGAGGUUUAUGAAGUGAAUCUUAUUUUAAUUUCACUUACUUCACCUUAACCACUAUGUUCGUUCUUCUUUUUCGCGAAAGCAAUAGUCAACCAUAAGUCUGCCCUUGUUUUUGUUUUGUUUUUUUAUUGCGAAAGCAAUUAUCUGGACGCUUCAGGCGCAUUUUUGCCGUCGUCGUCUCCGUCGACGCCGAAGUGAUGUUCCGUGUAAAAUCCAGAGGCGAUAGCACCGUCUCCGUGCGUCGUAUGCGCUAUGUGCGAGUGAAAACUUGCGAGGGUGAGCCAACGAUUGCGGCUCAAUCUUGCGUGCGCAAGGGAGGAAGACAAGGAGGAAGUGUGCCGUCUUCCGUCGCACGCAAGGAACCGGGCCGACGGAUCGCAGCUUUGGGCGUGCUGUGUUCUCGCCACUCAGUUUGCGUUGAAGCAAUAGACAGCACGAAGGCUACUUCGCUCGCUGCUGCUGCCGUGCUUCCUCAUGCCUGCGUUUUGAAAGCGAAUUCCAGCGAUUAUCAAAUGAGAUGUCCUCAUGUCUGCUUGUGCGCACAAGACACCAUGCUAGUUAAUUUAGUUAGUGAGCGAAUGUUUACAAGCUAAUGUGGCCGAUAAAACUACUAUCCGCACUUCGUAUAUUUGUCUGCUGUUCGGGCGAAACUGCGACUUUUUUUUUUUUUUUAACUGGCACACAAUAAAUUUCCCUUUAUAUCACUGCAGGAGGUGCGGAUCGACCCAAUGACUGAGAAAACUACAAUUUUGAUUCACCUUAACGCUCACAAAACGAAUCAAAAGCGGGACACGCAAUGCCCGGAAGGUGUGGUACGAAGCCGCCGGGUUGGUUCGUACGUCUUCUGCGAGCACUUUCCCGCCGAGAUCCUCCGAGCAGCACUCGCUUACCGCCACCGGCCCGGUGAGGUUUACGUGGUGACGUACCCGAAGUGUGGCACCACCUGGAUGCAGCACAUUCUCUACCACGUGUACACCCUUGGCGAGCCGCCACCCACGGCCGAGCAUUUCUUCCGCAGCAUGCCUUUUCUUGAGAGGCACGGCGUGGAGGCCGUCUCUGGACUCUCUUUUCCCGGCAGUGCAAUCAAGACGCAUAUGGUGUACGACGAAGAUCGCAUCUGCCCCGAAGCCAAGUACAUCUACGUGGUGCGAAACCCUUUCGACUGCUGCGUCUCCUUCUACCACCACUACAAGCUCUAUCCCAUCUACCAGUUUGAAAGAGGCACCUUCGACGAAUUCUUCGAGCUCUUCCUCUCCGGUGACGUGGACGGUGGAGACUAUUUCGACCACCUGUUGUCCUGGUACCCGCACCGAAAUGACCCCAACGUCCUUUUCGUCAGGUACGAAGAUUUGAAGCGGGACACUGAGUCCUGGGUUCUAGCGGUGGCCGACUUUCUCGGAGCCGAGUACGGAAAAGCGCUCCGCUCUGACCCCGACGUCCUGGCCAAGGUGCUGAAAGCCGCAAGCGUGGACGAAGUCCGACGGCUCGCGCGGCUCGAACGAGAGUACCAGGCUGAGUUCAUGGCCUACACGCCCAGGCACAGGCUACCCCGGUGGGCACAGUUGUACCUGGACCACUCCGGCCACCGUGCAACCAGUAAGCAUGCCGAAGGCACAAGCGUAGUCAGGAAAGGUAUCGUGGGAGACUGGAAGAACCACUUCAACGCCGAACAGGUGCAAAGGGUGAAGGACAAAGCGGCGCUGAAGUCUGGCGAGAUCAACUUAUUGAGCCUGUGGGGAGACUGCCUCGCACUUUAAAAGAAGCGAGAAAAAUCUUUCUGCAUGAAUGCUUCUACGUGUGCCCCAUAAAGGACCACUCGCAGAAAUUUUACGUUAA